AGGAAAUUCAGUCCUUUCCAUGUGGCAGCUUCUGCCAGAUGAAAUAUGGAUCUUCAUCUUUUCCUUUCUGUCUCAUAAGGAACUCUCUUGUAUUGCACAAGUUUGCCGCCACUUCUACCAGCUUACCAGUGAUGACAGCUUUUGGAAGCGAAUCCAUGUUUCAGACUGCCAUUCCUUGAAUGACAACUGGCUGGUCACCUUGGGAUGCCAUCAUCCACAGUCUCUCACUCUGCGCCGCUGCCAUGAUGAUAGUCAAGCCAUCACUGACCAAGGACUGAAACAAUUUUUUCACCACUGUAGAGAAUCUCUCGAGGAGCUGAGUGUCACAAGCUGCAGUGGUCCCAGACUGAAAGGAGAUAAACUUCUUCUCUAUGCAAGUACAUUUUGCAACAGGUUGACUGUAGUGGAUAUAAGUUGGAGUGGAGCUACAGAUUUGGGUGUGCUAGCUCUUGUUGAAGGAGCUUCAAGCCUUCUCGCAUUAUCUAUUAAUGGAUGCCAAAUUACAGACAAAGCCAUCAGAGCCUUAGUUAAAAAACAUGGAAACAGCCUCAAUAAACUAGAAGUGUUUGGCUGUCAUGCUCUCACAGCCAGAUGUGUGGGCUGUCUGGCACAGUCCUGCCCCAAUCUGCAGACCUUGAACAUUGGUAGAGUCCCCAAGAUCACUGAUGCUUGCUUUGCCAAAAUACUGGGAAACUUGAAAAAAGUAACUACUCUUAAUGUAACAGGUCUUGAAAUGGUGAGAGAUCGAAUUGUCCACCUCCUUGUGACACGUUUCUCAAAUCUGGAUUGCUUGGUCCUUAGUUCCUGCUCCCGGGUAACAGAUGUAAGCUUGUUGGAAAUUAGUACCUACCUGCGAACAAUCAGAUAUCUUGAUGUGAGUGGAUGUAAAAAGAUCACUGAUUUUGGAAUCCAAGCUUUGGCAAGAGGCUGCCACCAACUUCACUAUCUUGACCUGAGUUCAACAGGGACAAGCAGAAGAGGGGUUAGUUCAUUGGCUAGCUAUUGCCAUGGAACACUGGAGUGUCUAAAACUCAGUUUCUGCAAGGAAAUCACCUUGGAUGCUAUUAGAAAGCUUUGCAAAAAUUGCACACGACUGAAGAUGCUGCAUCUCUAUGGCUGCCAUAUCACUCCAGACUUGAGCUCAAUAAAAGACAUUUAUAAAAGAGUAGAAGUAUUUCAUGAUGGUUCUGCCUCUACCUGUUAAUGUUUCAUGAGAAAGUAGAAUUCCAGUGAUGAUGGAUUUUAUUUUUCAUCGGGCUUCAUUGAAGAUGUAAGGUCUAAGAUCAUAGUCAUAAGAAAAUUUCCAUUUAAGGUAAAGAUUUAAAUUUUCUUUAGCUUCAUGUAGUCAAGAGACUCAGUUAUGAGCUCUUGGAAUUGAUUCCUUCAGUUAAUAAUGAUCUCUUGUACUUCUUAUAUGUAAUUUCCUUGCCUAUUUAUGUAUUUCUGAUCUAAUCUGCUAGAGUAUAAGCUCCUUGGAGGGAGGGUUUGUAUUUCUUACUUUAGUUUUUAUACCCAAAACUUAGCAUGAUACCUUGAUUAUAGAAUGUGCUUAAUCACUGUUUGCUGAAUUAAGAUUUUGAAUGAAGACAUUUGUACAUAAUAAAAAAUACAUUGAAGAAUGUUUAUAUAUUCAA